GGUCAUGACAUGGCAAAGUUGUGGAUUUGUUACAGGAAAUUUUAGGAUGCCCACCUGUGCAUGCCCUGACAUAAUGCCCUUUGACUAGAUAUCUUUACUCUCUGUUUUUUAAUAAGUUGCCUGUUUUGUUUUUUAUUGGUUAGUAACCCAUUGCUAUCUUCCUAGGCUGGCAUUGUUUUCAUAAUGGAGGUACACGAAUAUUGGCCACUGGCCUCCCAUCUGAAAUCUGAGAGCUCGAGCUGGAAUGUGAGACGUCACCUGGUCACUAUGGUUACAUGCCUGUAUCAGCUGCUUUUUGUCCUAGUUUGAGAGUAUGGACUGUUUUGUAUUUUUCUCUGAGUGAGUGCUUGUGAACAGACUGAGCUUCUGACUGAUAAUGGCAUCUAGAAUAUGUGACAGUGUUCUGGUGACUGGAUCAAACCGUGGAAUUGGACUUGAGUUGGUUCGACAGUUGGUUGAUUCACCCUCACCUCCAGUUCAGAUCUUUGCUGGUUGUAGAGACCCAAAUGGACCAAGAUCACAGGCUCUCCAGGAACUAGCUCAGAAGCACCGGGAUGUGAUCACGGUUGUCCAGCUUGACACAACUAGUCCUACUAGUAUUGCAGAGGCCUCAAAACUGGUGGAUACCAAGCUGAAGGGCAGAGGUCUGAAUUUGAUCAUCAACAAUGCUGGUGUGAACAUCCCAGGAUCCCUAGCUGAGACAGGAAUACAGGAGAUGGUGGAUGUGUACACAACCAAUGUUGUAGGCCCUAUGCUCAUCGCAAAGGAUUUCCAUCCCCUCCUGUGCAAGGCAGCAGCUCAGUUUCCUCAUCAAACAAACAUGUCUUGCAAUAGGUCAGCUAUCAUCAAUGUCUCCACACUGCUGUCAUCCAUCACCAGAUGCCCUGAGAAUUUCUCUGUGUCUCCAAUGUACCCCUAUCGGGUCAGCAAGGCAGCACUGAACAUGUUAACUCGCUGCUUGGCAGAAGAUUUUAAAAAAGAUAGCAUUCUUGUUAUGUCUCUCCAUCCAGGAUGGGUCCAGACAGAAAUGGGAGGCCCAAAGGCUCCCCUGACGACAGCUGAGAGCAUCAGCGGUCUGAUAAAAGUCAUCGCAAGCUGCACCGAGAAAGACAGUGGAACUCUUUUAGACUGGGAAGGCAAAAACAUCCCCUGGUGAUUCCGCCACUCAUCUUGUGUGUCUUUACACACCUUAAGUUUGACGUACUUCCACGUCUUUGUCUGUGGUUUGUCUGAGAAAAAUGUUUCUAACAGCUAUAAGACAUAGUAUUUAUUUACAGGUUCACAAAGUUUGUAAUACAACAAUGAAAAAUCAUAUUGGGAAGAUCUCAUAUAAAAACAUGAAAACAG